AUGGAAGGACAUGCUUAUGCUAGACGGUUGAAAGAAAACGAAAAAAAGUUGGUGGCCGACUUGACAAGUCAGAAUGUUGAACCACACAACAUACUCUCGAUACUAAAAGAGCAUGAUGAGAAUAAUGUUUCUAUACUCAAAACCAUAUACAAUGCACAAUACAAGCUUCACUCGUCCCAGAACGAUGGAAAAACUCCGAUGCAGGUUCUUAUGAGAAUUUUGAAUGAUAAAAAAAUUGUUAUCGAGUUUUCCGUAAAUAAUAUUUCAAAUGAAUUGGAAAACCUGUUUUUCAUUCAUCCUCUGUCGUUAGAUAUAUGGCAAACAUUUCCACACGUUUUGAUUAUUGAUGCAACAUACAAAACAAACAAAUAUGCUAUGCUUUUUGUUGAUAUUGUUGGAGUAACUUCAACCAACAAGACAUUCAGCAUUGCUUUUGCCUUUAUCAUUAACGAAAAGGAGGAAAGCUAUAAGUGGGUGUUAACGUGUCUAAGGUUGACACUAGAAAAGUGCAUGCAACCACGCGUUAUAGUGACAGACAGAGAAUUGGCAUUGGUGAACGCAUGCCAACAAGUUUUCCCUUAUGUAACUCGCUUACUUUGUCGAUGGCACAUUACCGAAAAUAUUAGAAAGCAUUGUAAGGCGCUAAUCCCAUUGAAAGCUGAGUGGAAAUCCUUUCGUGCUAUGUGGAGUAUACUUGUUGAGUCUCCAACAUGGACAUCAUACACUGAAAACUACAGAAAACUACAGUCAAUGUUAAGAGAACAUCAAGAUGUUUUACAGUAUUUGGAUGAUGUUUGGUUAAACAAGUAUAAGGAAAUGUUUGUCUCUGUUUGGAUUGAUCAACAUUUGAACUUUGGACAACGAACCAGCCGCAGAGUUGAGGGCCAACAUUCAGCGUUAAAGAAGUACUUACAAGAAAAAAAUUAUUCUUUAGCCAAGUUUGUUGGUGCUAUUGAUCGGUUUGUGAAGUCUCAACUUACAGCGAUAAAUGAGAGUUUUGAAAAGAGCAAGAUCGUCUCCAAACACAAACACAAAUUUUCGUGUUUCGAUUUGUUGCGGGGUAAUGUUUCACUUAAAGCUCUGGAUAUGCUUGUAGAGGAACUUCAACGGGUACAUCAAGUUGACUCUUCAAACUGUGGUUGUAAACAACAAAAUAGUUGUGACUUACUACGUGCUUGCAUGCUAUCAACAUACUUGAACUCCGGUGAGUGCAUUCCAUUGGAAUCAAUAGAUGUAUUCUGGAGAAAACUUAAAAUUUCACCGUCUAUUCCUAUGGAAAAUGAGGAUAUAUGUGGUGAUGGUAAAUUUGAAGUGUUUAAAGAAACCUACAAUAAACAACCGGAAGCUGUGAAAAAAAGCAUGAUGAGAAAGCUACUAGAUAUAUUCCAGCCUAGCAAAACACACAUUAGAGAACCCGCAAUUCAAAAAAAUACGCGUGGACGACCAAGUUUGAAGAAACAAAAACAAAGACAAACUGAUUCUAUCAAUCAAGCUCCUAGAAGAUGCAGCUUUUCAACCGUGCCAAAAUUUAAUGAGUUGAACAAUAGGGAACCAGCAAGACAUAGUUCAUACAUAACCACAAUUCCAGACUUGAAUGAAAUUCCAGACUUAAAUGAAAUUCCAGACUUGAAAGAAGAGCCAGACUUGAAUGAAAUUCCAGACUUGAAGGAAGAGCCUCAAUCAUGCUACAAUCAUCGACUAAUAGAUGAAAUUCAAGUGAUGUUUCAUCCUUACAUCACACACGAGUUAUUGAGUUCGUAUGAUGCAUAUGCUAGAGUUUUCACUGAUGAAAUCGGUGAACUAUAUACUUCGUUGAAUUUCUUACAAUCACCGGCACCUACGAGAUAUUGGUUACUUAUGCCUGAAACAAGUAUCCUCAUUGCCAACAGAUUUGGUGUAGUCCUUACUUUUUUAACCAACAGAUUUGGCUCACUCACUUUCUUUCCUCUUUGGAAAGGCACAGAAGAAUUUUUGUACCAUCGCGUUAUUACGAUUUCACUUGUAUAUGGUAAUCAUUAUGUAAUGGUACAAUUAGAAGGAGAUAGCCCACUGCCUACCAUUUCAGCUUUUUGGAUCCACCACAGAGCCCCAUGUGCAGCUGGAUGGGAAACUAUGUUCAUGUCACGUCUAGAACUGUAUAGACAACUGAAACCUUACAAUCCCGAAACACCUUUUAUAACUAUAGAGGAUUGUUAG